AUGUCCUUUGAGUUUAUUGACAACAAACUCAGCAUCGAUCAAGCCGCUCGAAAGCAGAUUCGUCGCCAUGCAGCCAAGGGAAAGAAUAAAGGCAAAAUAAUCGUGCGAUCAUCGAGAAAACACGCGUCAACGACGACUAUAUCUUCGUUUGGUCUACCUGGCAUAAUAAGGAAGGGGCCUGAUCCGGCGAAAGAAAGUUCUCAGAUUGAACGGCCGAUAGACGAUGGGCUGGUCUUUCCAGUGCCACUGUUUGGGGAAUCAAAGGCGCUUGUGAAAAGAGUCGUUGGAUUCCUGUGCGCCACACGAUACGUGCCUCAACUGAGCAAAGCCCUUGACUCUGCUGGUCAGGCCUCUUCGAUGUUUGUGCGGUAUAUAUUUAUCGAUCAAGCUUGCUUUCAUUGCGCCGUUGCAACCUCCAUACUGUGCCUCAACAACCUGGUCACCAGGCCAGACGGUAUCCUGCAAGCCAUGAGUCACAUAUCCCACACAUUUCGUUUGCUCAAUCAACGACUUUCCCUCCAGGAAGAGAUCAGCGAUACGACCAUGGCGGUUAUAGUAAGCAUGGCUCAGUACGAGCGCCAUCAGAACCAAUAUCGACGAGGAUUUGUCCACGUUCAAGCUUUACGAAGAAUGGUCCAACUACAAGGCGGGCUGUUGCAGGUUUCGAAGAGCCAUCAUAUACUUGUUCAAAAAAUGCUGCGUGUUGAUCUUGAGUAUGCUCUGCAGCUGGGUUCAUCGACACUAUUUAGCCUGGAGGACGCCAUCAGUGAAAACAGGAUAAUAAAUGAACUAUACGGAGACAACCGGCACAAACAUGCGGGUUCCAGCAACUCCUAUCAGUCUCCUUUGAUAGGAAGUCUGCGCCGCGAUAUUCAAGAUAUCUUCAUUGAAGUGACAUCCCUUGCUUCAAUGCUCAAUGACGCAACUAACGGAGUGGGUCCGAAGCUGAAGUCCUGCGCUUUUCACAGUGAUCUGCUCGUCCUUGGCUAUCGUUUGGGGAAUAUGUACACCCUCGGUGGGUGUCGUCCCAAGUGCCCGAUUGAGAACGCAAUCCAUCUAGGUCUCACUGCGUUUCUGAUUACAUUCUUGCCGGGACUAGAUCAUCGUAUUGCUCAUAACGCUCUUCUCUCUAACUUACUUCUCAGUGUCGCUCAGGAUCUUGCAGAUGACGGACUAGAUAUUCGGGAAAUAUUACUCUGGAUGCUUUAUAUUGGAGCAGCGUCAUCGUCCCAGCUGGGGACUCAUCCUACGUGGAUUUCGAAAUCAAAGGAGACUAUCGAUACUCUGAAAUUGAGAACAUGGGAACAAGUCCAGGACGUGCUUGCGAAAUACCCGUGGGUCAACGCAGUUCACGAUACUGCUGGGAAGACUCUCUGGCAUCAAUCUCGCGUAAACUCAUUGCCGAAAAACUGA